GUCGCCAGCGGGAGUGCAACUCACAGCGCGGUCACAAGUUCGCCGGAAAAACAAACAUUUUGCGCGUCGACGUGUGGAGCUAAAGUUCGGCGUUCGUCCCAGCUCCACACGAUUAUGGCCACGCUGUAACUCGCAGUGCGGCUCAUUGGGACCAGCUUGGAUCCAGUGGCGUUCCAAAGCUUCCCGCCCCUCCCCCCCCCCCUCCCCCCGGGCUCGGCCAUGGACUUCUUCAGCGACCCCGCCCUCUUCGUCGGAGGACUGGACGGGCUGGACGAGGACGUCUUCCCCUCGGCGCCGUCGCUCGUGGACGAGCUGAACCUCGCGGCGGAUUUUGAGCCCCUGCAAGUGGUGGCGGCGGAGCCCCUGGACCCGGGGAAGCACCCCGACACGGCGCCGCCGGCCGCCGCCGCGCCUUCUUACGGCCAGCAGAUGGGCCGCUACGUCGGCACCAAGGCGCAGGCUCCUAUGGGGCCGCCGUUUGCCGGGCCCGGGGUCGGAGGUGGUGGUGGUGGCGGCACGGUGGCGGACCGGCACGGCCAGUACCACAACGCCGCCGUGAGCCAAGUGCCUCAGUCCAACGGGCUGUUCUGCAGCAGCAGCCCGAUGUGGGGCGACCAGGACCAGAACGGGAACAUGUACCACCCCUUAUCGCAGCAGCAGCUUUGUCAGCAGCAGCAACUGCACGACCGGCAACUUCAUGUCAGGCAGCAACAACAACAACAACAACAACAACAACAGCAGCAGUGCAGAAUGCAGCAGCAUCAUCAGCAGCUGUUGAACCAGCAGCACAUCAACACUCAGGCGAUGUCCCUGCAGCAGCAUCACGACUUCUCCUUCCACCAGAGAGCUCCGAGCCAGCAGCAGCUUCACCAUCCUCAGCACCGAGGGCCGCGGUUCCAUCCGAGCAAGUCUUAUCUGGAGAGCGGGACCUGCUUGCAGCCGCCGCCGCCGCCACAGGGCGGCUACCAGUUGACCCGGGGAGGUCAAACCUUCUCCGGGUCGGGAUCGGAAGACCCGAACCUGCCCUUCCCCAUGCACUCUGCGCCGAUGGGUCACCCCUUGCCCACAUGCUCAGUCGGUUCUGCCACGGCGUACCAAGCCGCUCGGUACCCGGCGUAUCCGGGCGAGCCGGAGAUCCCCGGUCUCAGCCAGCAGUCCGCAGCCUCGGGGGCGACGCCCGCCGCCGCCGCCGCUGCCCCCCUCACGUCUACAGUGCCUGAGCUCCCUGGGUCGGUGUGUCAGUUCCCAUCGGCGGCGGCGAUGAGGAACCAGGCGGACGAAUGUGCCUUCCGGGCGCCGCGCCGCUCCGGAGGAACCAAGUCGUCGGAGAUGUUCGGCGAGUCGAUGAACUGCUUCCCCAGCGCCGCCAGCCGCCGGCCGCCCGCCGAGCGGCCCCCGAGCCGCGGGGCCGCGGACACCAACGGAUACCGAGCGCCGGGGGACGGCCUCCUGCCGUCGAAGGCCGGCGGCGGCCUGGAGGGCCUGGAGCCUCCCGACCUCCUGCCCGACCUCCUGCCCCAGCUGGAGGCCGCUCUCAGCCAACGGGGCGAGUCCGACUGUUCCUGGGUCGACUCCAGCAAGGCGCCACCUGUUGAGCACGCGCAGGAACAGCCUCGAAAGAACGCUAAUGGUCCCGGUAGCCAGGUCCGGGUCCUCAGCCCCCCAGUGAAGAGCAGCUCGUCGUCGUCCUCCUCUUCCUCGUCGUCUCCGUCCUCGUCGAGCUCCUCGUCGGAGACGAAGAGGACGCCGCGGAGGACGCAGCAUCAGAUGGAGGUGGCCACGCAGGACAAGCAGGAGAAGGCCAAUCGGAUAAUAUCGGAGGCUAUCGCCAAGGCCCGGCAGCGCGGGGAAAAGAACAUCCCGAGAGUUAUGAGUCCGGAGAGUUUCCCCAGCUCGUCGUCGCAGUACAAGCACCGGAAACGAGAGCACAAGGGAAAGGGCAAGGCACGGACGAAAGGGAAGGGCUGUAGGAAGGCCUGUAUUAUACCCUCCUCCAAGCCCAAUAAGAAGACAAAGAUCGGGAAAAUUGUCAUCAAAAUUGGGAAGAAGAAGAAGCGAAAGCCGGCGUCUUCGGAGGAGUCUGACGACGACCCUCCCCCCCGACACGCUGCUAGAGACGACGACUUUAAGAGGCGAUCCAAUCGCCAGGUGAAGAGAAAGAAAUACGCCGAAGAGCUGGACGCCCGGUUGUCGGACGACGAGGUCAAGGCCAUCGGCAAAGCCAAGAAAAGCGGCACGGCGGCAUCCAAACAGUCGGCUGUUCAACUCUUUGUAGAGAAUCCCAGUGAAGAAGAUGCUGCUGUUGUGGACAAAAUCAUGUCUUCUCGUAUCGUCAAGACGGAGGUUUCUCCAGGAGUGGUGGUCGAAGGAGAGGAGUUCUUUGUCAAAUACAAAAACUACUCCUACCUGCACUGUGAGUGGGCCACGGAGCAGCAGCUGGUGAAGGACAAGAGGAUUCAGCAGAAGAUCAAACGCUUCAAGCUGAAACAAGCACAGAGGGCGCUCUUCUUUGCGGAUAUGGAAGAGGACCCCUUUAACCCGGACUAUGUGGAGGUAGACCGAGUGCUGGAGGUGUCUUAUUGUGAGGACAAAGACACGGGAGAGGAGGUGGUGUACUACCUGGUGAAGUGGUCCUCUCUGGCUUAUGAGGACAGCACCUGGGAGCUGAAGGACGACGUGGACCAGAGCAAGAUUGAAGAGUUCGAGCAGCUGCAGGCAGUGAAGCCGGUCACACGCAGGACGGAACGGCCCCCGGCCAAUCUGUGGAAGAAGAGGGACCAGUCGAGAGAAUACAGGAAUGGCAACAGCCUCAGGGACUACCAGCUGGAAGGGGUCAACUGGCUCCUCUUCAACUGGUACAACAGACGUAACUGCAUCCUGGCCGACGAGAUGGGCCUCGGCAAGACCAUCCAGUCCAUCACGUUCCUGCAGGAGAUCCUCCGCGUGGGCAUCAAAGGGCCGUUCCUCAUCAUCGCGCCGCUCUCCACCAUCGCCAACUGGGAGCGCGAGUUCCGUUCGUGGACCUAUCACAACGUCAUCGUCUACCACGGCAGCAUGGUCAGCCGGCAGAUGCUCCAGCAGUACGAGAUGUAUUUCAGGGAUACGCAGGGCCGUGUGGUGCGAGGCAACUACAGGUUCCAGGCCCUCAUCACCACGUACGAGAUGAUCCUGGGAGGCUGCCCCGAACUCAACGCCAUCGAGUGGCGAUGCGUCAUCAUCGACGAGGCCCACCGCCUCAAGAACAAGAACUGCAAGCUGCUGGAGGGCUUCAAGCUCAUGAACCUGAAGCACAAGGUCCUGCUGACGGGAACGCCUCUCCAGAACACCGUGGAGGAGCUCUUCAGCCUGCUCCACUUCCUGGAGCCGGCCCGCUUCCCAUCGGAAAACCCCUUCAUGCAGGAAUUUGGAGACCUGAAGACUGAGGAGCAGGUGCAGAAGCUUCAGGCGAUCCUGAAGCCCAUGAUGCUGCGCCGGCUGAAGGAGGACGUGGAGAAGAAGUUGGCGCCCAAAGAGGAAACCAUCAUCGAGGUUGAGCUCACCAACAUUCAAAAGAAAUACUACCGCGCCAUCCUGGAGAAGAACUUCACCUUCCUGGCCAAAGGAGCGGGCCCGGCCAACAUGCCCAACCUGGUGAACACCAUGAUGGAGCUGAGGAAGUGCUGCAACCACCCCUACCUCAUUAAAGGAGCAGAGGAGAAGAUCCUCGAGGACUUCCGGGAGGUGUACAGCCCCACCGCGAUUGAGUUUCACCUGCAGGCGAUGGUGCAGUCAGCCGGGAAGCUGGUCCUCAUCGACAAGCUGCUGCCCAAGAUGAAGGCCGGAGGCCACCGGGUGCUCAUCUUCUCCCAGAUGGUGCGCUGCCUCGACAUCUUGGAAGACUACCUCAUCCAGAGAAGGUACUUGUACGAGCGAAUCGACGGCCGCGUUCGUGGGAACAUGCGGCAGGCGGCCAUCGACCGCUUCAGUAAGCCCGACUCGGAGCGCUUCGUUUUCCUUCUGUGCACGAGGGCCGGCGGCCUGGGCAUCAACCUCACGGCGGCAGACACCUGCAUCAUCUUCGACUCGGACUGGAACCCGCAGAACGACUUGCAGGCCCAGGCGCGCUGCCACCGGAUCGGCCAGAACAAAGCCGUGAAGGUGUACCGCCUCAUCACCAGGAACUCGUACGAGCGAGAAAUGUUCGACCGCGCCAGCCUCAAGCUCGGCCUGGACAAAGCCGUGCUGCAGAGCAUGAGCGGCCGAGACAACAGCCUGGGCGGAGGGGGAGGGGCGGCGCAGCAGCUCUCCAAGAAGGCGAUUGAGGACCUGCUGCGACGCGGCGCCUACGGGGCCAUCAUGGACGAUGAGGACGAGGGGGCCAAGUUCUGCGAGGAGGACAUCGACCAGAUCCUGCAGCGCAGGACCAAGACCAUCACCAUCGAGUCCGAGGGACGGGGAUCCACCUUCGCCAAGGCCAGUUUUGUGACGUCCGGAAACCGCACAGACAUUUCUCUGGAUGACCCCAACUUCUGGGACAAGUGGGCCCAAAAGGCCGACAUUGAUAUGGAAAUGGCAAACGGCAGAAACAGCUUGGUGAUCGACACUCCUCGCGUCCGGAAGCAGACGAGGCCGUUCAGCGCCACCAAGGACGAGUUGGCGGAGCUCUCGGAGGGCAACAGCGAGAGCGACGACACCAAACCCAAACUCAGGCGCAACCACGACCGCCUCAACAGCUACGGGCGCACAGAGUGCUUCAGGGUGGAGAAGAACCUGCUGGUGUAUGGGUGGGGUCGUUGGAAGGAUAUUCUCAAUCACGGGCGUUUUAAGAAGCAGCUCGCGGAGAAGGACGUGGAGUCCAUCUGCAGAGCCCUCCUGUCCUACUGCCUGGUCCACUACCGCGGAGACGACAAGAUCAAAAGCUUCAUGUGGGACCUGAUCGCCCCGACCGAGGACGGACAAACCAAGGAGCUGCAGAACCACCUGGGGUUGUCUGCUCCCGUCCCCCGUGGCAGAAAGGGCAAGAAGGUGAAAGUCCAGUCCAGCUCCUUCGACAUCCACAAAGCCGAGUGGCUCCGCAAACACAACCCGGAGCACAUGCUGCAGGACAACGGCUACAAGAAGCACCUCAAGCAUCACUGCAACAAGGUGCUGCUCCGGGUCAGAAUGCUCUACUACCUGAAACAAGAGGUGAUAGGAAGCCAGGCCCAGAGGGUGCUGGACGGCGUGGAGUGCAGUGACAUAAAGAUCUGGGUCCCGGACCCCGACCAUUCCGAGCUGCCGGCCUUGUGGUGGGACGCCGUCUGUGACAAGUGUCUGCUGCUGGGCGUCUAUAAGCACGGUUAUGAGAAGUACAACACGGUGCGCGCCGACCCGACGCUGUGCUUCCUAGAGCGCGUGGGCCGACCGGACGAGAAGGCCAUCGCCGCCGAGCAGAGGGGCAACGACUUCAUGGACGGGGAUGUGGAUGACCCAGAGUACAAGCCUGCUCCCGCUCUGCUGAAGGACGAUAUGGAGUAUGACGCCUCGUCUCCUGGAGAGUUGAUUGUCACUGACAACGCCGGAGACGCAGUUCCAGUGACGGGCGGUGGCGGUGAAACCUCCUACUGGCCGUCCCCCUCGGUGCUGACGGCCCGGCUCAGGCGCCUCAUCACGGCCUCCCAGCGCUACACCAAGAGCCGGCAGAUCCUCCAGAUCCACCAAACCCAAUCUCCGUCUCAGUCGAUCACGACGAUGUCCGCCCCGCUCUGUCCGCUGCCGCCCUCGUUCAACGACGCCCUCAACCCCAAGAUGGUCGCCAAGAUCGAACGGCAACAAAGGUGGACCAGGCGAGAAGAAGCCGACUUCUACCGCGUGGUCUCGACUUUCGGCGUCGUGUUCGACCCGAACCUCGGCCGGUUCGACUGGACCAAGUUCCGGGCCAUGGCCCGGCUGCACAAGAAGACCGACGAGAGCCUGCAGAAAUACCUGUGUGCUUUCACCGCCAUGUGCCGAAGGGUGUGCCGCCUGCCGCCCAAAGAGGGAGACUCCGCGGUGGACCCGUCUCUCACCCUCCUGCCCAUCACGGAGGAGCGAGCGUCUCGCACGCUGUACCGGGUGGAGUUGCUCCGCCAGGUGAGGGAACAGGUGCUCUGCCACCAGCUGCUCUACGAGCGCCUGCCGCUGUGCCAGGUGAGCUCCGACCUGACGGUGUGGUGGGAGGCCGGCGCCCACGACCGCGACCUGCUGAUCGGUGCCGCCAAACACGGCGUCAGCCGCACGGAUUACCACAUCCUGAGAGACCCUGAACUCGGCUUCAUGGCCGCCCAGCGCAACUACAGCCAGACGAAAGCCGCGCUGCAUCAGUCCCGCGCCUCCACCCCGCCGCCGCCGCCGCCGCCGCACCCUCAGGGCCCGGCCGCCGGCUCGGUGCCGACGGCCUCGCCUCCGCCCGGCGGGCUCGUACCCAAAGUGGAGCCGGCCUCCGAGUGGGAGGAGGGCCUGGAGAAGCAGGGGGAGAGUUGGAGCCCUCCUCCGCCGCCGGUGACUCCCACGGGGCUGGAGGAGCGGCUGGAGGAGCGGCCGCUGGGCGGCGAAGCCGGCGAGGAGGAGAGGCAGGCGGCGGCGGCGGCGGUGAGAACCAAGCCGCUCACGCCCAACUCCUCCGAGAGGAAACCGAAGAAGGCCAGCAAGAGGAGCCGCAAGGAGGCCAGGCGAGGCUCGGGGUCCGACCCGGGCGGCGGCGGCGGCUCCUCCUCGAGCUCUUCCUCGCGCUCCUCUUCCUCCUCCUCCUCCUCUUCUUCCUCGUCACAUUCCGGGUCCAGCUCCUCCUCCUCUUCAUCGUCUGGCUCCUCUGGCUCGUCGUCGUCCUCCUCCUCCUCAUCUUCUGACGACAGCGGAGGUGAGGGAGAGGAGGGGAAGAAGAAAGUGCCGGCGGCAGCCAGCGUGAAGGGCUUCGACGAGGACAGCGCGGCGUCUCCGAUGGCGGCGCAGGACGAAACCCUCGGCGCCCACGCGGCCGAGAACGGCGUCGCCAACAACGCCUCGCAUCCGUUCCAGGGGUACAUGCUCGCUGCGUCCUACUGGCCGAAGGAUCGCGUGAUCAUCAACCGCCUGGACAGCAUCUGCCAGGCGGUGCUGAAGGGCAAGUGGCCCGGAACCCGCCGGGUCUACGAGCCCGGAGGCGCGGUGGCCUCCUUCUACACCACCAAGCUGCUGGACAACGCCAACAGCGGCCUGUGCGAGGACCCCUCUGCCUCGCCACAGGGGUCAAAGGUGACCGAGCAUGUUGCAGAAAACAAGGAGUUCUCAGUCAAACUCAACGAUCAGGAGGGAAGUCUGAAGUUGACCUUCCAGAAACAAGGUCUACCUCUGAAGAGGCCCCUGGAGGCCGAGGAGGGGCCCCAGGCCCAGCAGCAGUACCUGGCGCGGCUUCACGAGCUGCAGAGCGCCUCGGACACGGGCCUGGCCGACAUCACCAAGCCUCAGUGCAGCUUCCAGACGGCGCCUCCAGGUCUCACUGGUCAGAUGAGGCUGAACGGAGGACUGGACGGUCAGCCGCUGGUGAAGAGGAGGAGGGGAAGGAGGAAGAACGUGGAGGGGAUGGACCUGCUCUUCAUGAACAGGAGUAGAGUCCCUUCUGUUCCUGAUCAGGUGCCUCCAGGGUGGGGCGGUAUUGGCCAGGUGGGCACGGCCGGGGACUCCGGGCCGGGCUUAAGCCAGAGCUCCAAUCAGGUCCCAUCCGGGGACACCGACAGCCGGGUCCCCGUCAUCAACCUCAAAGACGGCACCAGGCUGGCCGGGGACGACGCCCCCAGGAGGAAAGACCUGGAGCAGUGGCUGACGGAGCACCCUGGCUUUGUGGCCGACACGGGAGCUUUUAUCCCCGGUGUAAAUAAGAUGCAAAUGCAGUUCCACUUCCAGGACGGGCGUCCCAAGCAGAAGAGGCACCGCUGCAGGAACCCCAACAAGAUCGACGUGAACAGUCUGACCGGAGAGGAGCGCGUGCAGAUCAUCAACAGGAGGAACGCCCGCAAGGUCGGCGGCGCCUUCGCUCCCCCCCUGAAGGAUCUGUGCCGGUUCCUUCAGGAGAACCCGGAGUACGGAGUCCCGCCCGAAUGGGCCGACGUGGUCAAACAGUCGGGUUACCUCCCGGAGAGCAUGUUUGACAGAAUCCUGACGGGCCCCAUCGUUCCCGAGGAGGUGAGCCGGCGUGGGCGUCGACCUAAGAAUCCUCUGGCCAAGGCGGCGGCGGCGGCCGCAUCGGCGCCCAACCCGGCGGCGGCGGCGGCGGCGGCCUCCGCGCUCGGCCUGAACCCCCUGCUGGCCAACGGCCUCCUCUCCGGCAUGGACCUGAGCAGCCUGCAGGCCUUCCAGCAAAACCUCCAGAGCCUGCAGUCCCUGCAGCUCACCGCGGGCCUGAUGGGUUUGCCGUCCGACGCCGGCAACGUGGCGGCGAGCAACUUGGCGGCCAUGUUUCCCAUGAUGCUCUCUGGCAUGGCGGGACUCCCGAACCUGCUCGGCAUGAGCGGCUUGCUGGGGAAGCAGGAGGGCGCGGGGAGCUCCGAGGAGACGCCGAAGGCAGAGCCGUCUGCCUCCGGAGGCCCCGCCCACUCCUCGGACUCCAAAGGGGAAAGGACCGAGGGGUCGGCCGCGCCUCCUUCCAGCUUCUCCUCCUCCUCCUACGCCGCCGCCCCACAAAGUGCUUCGGCCGCCUCCGGUCACCCGCUGUCUCUUAACCCCUUGAUGCUCUCCAGUAUGCUUUACCCAGGGAUGCUCCUCACUCCAGGCCUUAACAGUGACCCCGCCCUCCCUCCUCCUCCUCCUCCUCCCGCCGCCUCCCAGUCGACGGAGCGGCGAGCGGCAGAGAGGGACGACGAGGCGUUGGAAGACGACGAAGACGACGACGACGACGAAGAGGACUCUGCGGAACAAAAGGAGAACAGUGGUCCCGAGGGGUCGGGCAAAGCGGAGUCGUCUUCAUCCGACUCCGGGGGCUCGUCUUCAUCGGAUGAUUCCGACUCGAGUGAUUAGGACUGAACACACCCACGAAGAUAUAAUUAUAAAUUUAUUUAUGUAUCGCCUAGAAAUGUAUACAUAUAUUCACAUAUAUAUGGAUUUUCCAGCACUUAUGUUACGAUUUCUUUACAUGUAAAUACAAGAACUAACGGAAAAAAAAAAUAAUGUUGUGUAAUAAAGAGAAAACCCCUUACAAAAACAGGAAAAACAACUGAAAUAUAAUUUCGGCGUUCGUUCGCGAAGGAACACGCAGUCGUUUGUUUUGAGGCAUUUUGCAUGUCAGACUUUAAGUAGAUUUCUGAACCCUGUGAACCACGAUUAUGUACAAUUGCAACAAAAAAACGGCAUUAUUGUAAUUGUCAGGAUUUAAUUUUAUUAAAAAAGUGAAACUACA